UCUGCGUCACGGAACCAUGUACUUUGAUCGGGUCCUUCCAAGCUUUGAAAUUAAUGCCGAUAAAACGUUGUUUGUUAGUGAGGAAGGGCAAAGUGCGCCAUCCAGUUCUGCGGUUAUGACAGGCGCAAAGUCACCCUGCACUGGUCCGUCCAGCCCUAUCUCAAUGGACUCUGAAUCCAGCUGCUCGAGCCCAGACUCGAAACCAGAUCCUGAGCCACGAGUGCGUAGGCCUUUGAAUGCAUUCAUCAUUUGGACCAAAGAGGAACGCAGGCGCUUGGCACAGCUCAACCCAGAUUUAGAAAACACAGAUUUGAGCAAAAUUCUCGGUAAGACCUGGAAGGCCAUGUCCCUGGCAGAGAAGCGGCCGUACAUGCAGGAGGCAGAGAGGCUGAGAGUGCAGCACACCAUCGACCACCCCAACUACAAGUACAGGCCCCGGAGGAGGAAGCAGCUGAAGAAGGUUCCCAAAGCCCUGCCAGCAGAGGCCCCGCACUGCCCCAGCACCGCUACUCAAGAUUUUGGCAUGGGGGACUACAAUCUGAGUUACCUGAUUCAGAGUCAGUACCAGCAGCAUGCGGUUCAAACCAUGCCAGCCUAUUUUUGGGACUCACAAAUGUACCACUUGCAGAGUCCCCAGAUGUCUGGCCAGCAGUACCCUCAGGCCAGAAGUGCCUACGUUCCUCCACGCGGUGAGCAGUGCGACUGGAAGACCUGCAGCUGUCAGCUCUGCACAAAUGUAUCUUGUCUCGAUUUCUACUUGGAACAGUUUAAAGUGGACCUGCUCAGCGACUUGGACCGCAGCGAAUUUGAACAGUAUCUCGGACCAGCUGCAUGUAGGCCUGAGGCAGUGGACUCUAUUGCUUCUCAACAAAGUGCCCUACAGUGGUUUUAACAGUUAUAAUUAUGUUUUAACAUUCAGUGUCUCAUUUUUU